CGCCUGCAACCUCCGGUCAGCAUCGGUGAAGGUGUCCGUAGGAGGGAGUCAAAAUCGAAAGUGUAGCUUGCUCGCGGCUUUCGCGCCGCGCGCCGUUUAGUUCAUCGCGGUGCCCCGAUCUAAUGUACCGACGACCAGCACCUGUCGAACUGCUCAACCCGGGGCUUCCCGCCAUUUCGGAAUUUCAAGCACGCUAACUUUUCCCGAACUCUUCCCGAUCCCCGCCCGCUGCCUUCGUACCCGCGUCCAGACGAUCGGUCGCGCGCGCGCGCGCGCGUGCGGCUGAUGUGACAGAAACUCGAGACUUUUGGAUGCUGCGAGGAAAAGGAUCGGCGAAGGACAGGUCGUGGAAGGCGCAGCCACGUGGCCGGUGAACGAAAAGGAAAAAGAGCGGCAGCGUGGCAAAAUCGUCGGAAAGUUCCUUCGGGUUAUCUCGCGAGGUGGAGAGAAAGUAUGCGGGCGACGCAGAGACCGCACAUCCGGCCGCAAGACCCGGCAAAGUGAAAGCAGCACCAAAAGUACCGACGUGAUCGGAGCAAGUUCGCGGCCCGUCAAUCUGUUUUUACGAGGAGGAUUUUAUUACGCGGGUAAUCUCUCUGCUCGCGUAAUAAUCUCGUCUUCGAGAUUCGACGAUUCUGCUGAUCUUGCGCUACGCGAAGAUCUCCGCCGCCCAUAAAAUCUCCGUCGUUCCUUCCCAGAACAAUAAAGUGGAACAAUAAAGCGGCGAAGGUGAACCCGAGGAAAGAGACACGAGUUGCGAAACUGGGCGGGUGACUGGCGCAAGUGAUAAAAAUUAUUGUAUAACUAUAACGGGAAAGCGUUCACAGCGUUACGUGGAAUGUAAGGACGCUUUGCGGUGUGGCUCUCGUGUCCGACCGGAGGAAUCGAAUUUCGCUGCUCCAGCCAAAAUGCCAAACUUGGAACGCGUAGAGAACGGAAAGAGGAGCGACGAUAAGCCGCCGGUGGCGGUCGACGAAGUGCACGUCACGAAACUUCGGCAAGCUUUACCGCAAUGUUGCGCGGUCAGCGCCAAAAACAUACUCCUGGUCGCGUUCGGUUCUACCUUGGGAUUUUCGACCAUUCUCAUCCCGGCGUUACAGAGGGAGGAUACGGACAUCAAGGUCACUAUAGAGGAGCUCACGUGGAUCAGCAGUCUAAACUUAUUUCUCGUGCCGAUCGGCUGUCUGAUGAGCGGACCGCUCUCGCAAUACCUCGGCAGGAAGUGCACGAUGAUGCUGGCGAACAUCCCGUUCGUGAUAGCCUGGCUGAUGUUUUAUUACGCCGGCAAUUCGGCGAUGUUGUUCGCAGCGCUCGCGUUGACGGGACUGACCGGCGGUCUUCUGGAAGCGCCGGUCUUGACUUACGUCGCCGAGGUGACGCAGCCUCACUUGCGCGGUAUGCUGUCCGCGACCUCGUCGUUGUCCGUCAUACUGGGCGUCUUCACGCAGAUGUUGAGCGGUAGUCUGGCCCACUGGAGGACAGUGGCAUUGGUCAACCUGGCUUACCCGAUUCUCUCCUUCCUCUCGUUAUGCCUGAUGCCCGAGAGCCCGUAUUGGCUUGCUGUUAAGGGUCGUCUUAAGGAAUCAGAGCGGGCUCUCUGCUGGCUACGAGGCUGGGUAGGCCCGAGCCAGGUGAGAGACGAGUUCCAGACGCUCUGCAAGGCGGUCCAGAAGCCAGCCGGGGUCGGCACCGUCGAUCCCGACGGGAAGGAGAGAGAGAAGGAGAAGGCUUGGCGAUCGUACACCAAGCGAACGUUCUACCUGCCUUUCAUCCUAGUGAGCGCGGCUUUCUUCAUAAGCGCCUUCGGCGGUACCGUGACCUUGCAGACUUUCGCCGUUGUGAUAUUCGUCAAGCUGAAGGCGCCGAUCGACAAGUACACAGCCACGGUGUUCCUGGGCGUCGCGCAACUAAUCGGCGUCCUGAUCUGCGUGUUGACGAUUCACUUCACAGGCAGACGCAUGAUGUCUUUCCUGUCGGUCGGCGGCACCGGCUUGUGCUUCCUCCUCGCCGCCAUCUACGGCUUCCUCAACGACGCGGACUACCUGGACGGGGUGAAGUACACCUGGAUACCGACCACUCUCAUGAUAGGCGCCGCUUUCAUGGCGAACGUCGGUAUCAAGUUGCUGCCGUGGGUUCUCAUCGGCGAGGUGUUCCCCGUGAAGGUACGCAGCGGCGCGACCGGCGCGGCCGGCUCGACCGGCUACGUCUUCUCAUCAGUCGCGAAUAAAACCUUCCUCUACAUGAUGAACGGAAUGUCGCUGGCCGGCACGUUCUUCUUUUACUUCUUGAUCAACCUGAUCGGCGGCUGUUUGCUAUUCGCCAUAUUACCCGAGACCGAGGGUAGGACUUUGAUAGAAAUCGAGGAGCAUUACGCCGGCAUACAGAACCUGAAGGACAAGCCCAGGCAAGAGCAACACGUCUUCAAGGAACAAUGGGCAGCCGCGAAUCCGGCGGUCGUUUACGACGAAAGUAGCGAGAGCAAAUUAUAAUAGAUAAUAAUUGGCAGUCGUCGGCUUAUCGAUCGCAACACCUCGAUGACGUCAACAUAUAACAGUGCGUGUGUGUGUGUAAAAAUUGUUAUUAGUGAGAGAUAAGAAGUUAUUUUGAGAUGCGAAUCAUUUGACCGAUAGGAAGAAAAAUGAAGAAAACGUGCGUUGACGGAGACAGUCGUAUAGUCGAACGCGCGUAUCGAAGAAGUUAAAAAUACUGUGAAACUGCGUAUAAUUGGAGCUAUAUUACCUCGUUUCUUCACAAGAAAACAAUGUUAAUAGAGUCUAGCCUGAAAGGCUGUCUUUUUAUAGUCGGUUGCGAUCAAAUCACGUAAUAAGUGCGCGGUAAAACGCAAACGUUGCACUCUGCUAUCGGUUGCGAACAGGAAUAAUCGCGCAAACAAGCCGGAGGGAGGUGCAACAUGCUGUGAGAAAAUAUGAGCACAGACGAGGGGGGGAGGGGGGGGGGCGGGAAGGAUCGAAUGUAGAGAUUGAGUGAUCGGGAAAUAGCAGCAGCGGCCGAGCAAACUCAAACGACUUUAACGAUCCCGAGGUGAAGUUUCCAGGAAGGAGCCAAGGAGCGAAUCACACAUCGAGAUCGUACGUCGCGAGUUACUUAUUAGUUCGCGUUACUUCGCGAAGAAGAACGCGCAGCCCGCGCUGCAAGGAGAUCUUAGUGUCGCGUCGUUAACAUCGGAGACGUCGACUUAUCGAUCCCGGGCCCGUUCCUGCGCUAUCGCUUAUAGAAGCUUUCAUAUUUCACGAGGACUUUCACAUUCACAGUCGCGCGAUUAGGUACGUUUACGUCGGUUUCAAUAAAUACACGAGGCCACGGUCGUUAAGUGAAGUUAAGGCCUAACUAUAUACCGACGGACGCAGUCGCGUGCUAUUUUCGUGCGACGUGGAUUGUUGGUGCUAAAUGUACAAAGGACGUGUUUCGGACUAGAGCGCGUCAGGUGGUUUCAUUCUCGUUCUCGGCAUCUCGUUUGAAUAUCAUUCACGACGGGGUGUCUUACUCGUUCAUCAUCCGAUGAGGUCGGCGAUAAUCCUCGACAAAUAAAAACGCUGUAUAUAGUAGAUUUCACGUAUUUUUGUAAACUACGUUGAAUAAAGUGCCCGUUGUAUAGUA